UUGUGCCUUGGCAGUUGGAACAGAGUCUCGAGUCAGCUGCAUUAUGGAUAGCUGGAGCCCACAAGCACUCAUUCAGAAAUCUCAGGAGGCCAAAACUCUGGCGUUCUGUCCUUACAGCAAUUUCAGAGUGGGAGCAGCUGUCUUAACAAGCGAUGGAAACGUCUUCACAGGUUGUAGUGUAGAGAAUGCAUGCUAUAGUCUUGCAAUGUGCGCUGAGAGGACUGCUAUCUGCAAAGCUGUGUCCGAGGGAUACACAGCCUUCAAAGCCAUCGCAAUUGCCAGUGAUCUUGAGGAUCGCUUUAUUUCUCCAUGUGGAUCAUGUAGGCAGGUCAUGAGAGAAUUUGGCUUACAGUGGGAUGUUUAUCUGUCAAAGACUGACGGGUCUUACAAAUUGAUGACAGUGGAUGAGCUACUUCCAUGUUCAUUUGGCCCUGAUGACCUGAAAUCAUAAAACCAUUUGCAAUUAGAAGAAGUAAAGACCAGAUUAUAGGUCAUAUUGCAAGCUUAGUGGGACAGACAGACGGACGGACAUACAGAUAGAUAGAAAGCAAAAUAUUAAACCAAGUGGUAUUUAUUUUCAGGAAAUAUAGCACAAGCUGAAAAUCCACUAAAAAUCAACUUGGGAACAGUUGGUUAAGAGUAAUUGCAAAAAUGUCUCAAAAGUGAAGUCAGUUCUGAGAAAAAGCCUAGCAUCUUGUAUUUUCAGAUGCCACUUGGUUUGAUAUUUUGAUAUCUAAUGCAAUUGGAAUUUAGAUAUUUUUAAGUGAGUCUUAAAUGUCCAAAUUUGUUUUGGGGCCAUUGUAGAUAGCUUCAUUGUCUAGAUACAGUUAAGUUCAAACAGGCCUUCGCACAAAACAACCUUCUGUUCAUUGUAUCUUUACUUUGUAGAGAAAAAUAUCAACACAGUAUGUUGACUAAUAAAUAAUAAUAAUCCUGUU